CCUCUACACACUGCAUCAGGCCAAUCUUCGAAAUAUUUCGCUUAUGGCAACACCACAGGUCAACGGAAGGCCAUCCCACGCACCAAACCGCAAACGGACUCGUCCACCUCCAAAACCUCAACCUUCCCAGUUGCGAACCUCAGGAAGCGCUGGCGUAUUUACGUCGACCUCUCAAGCCAGCGGCAGUCCUGCAUUGUCUGUUCCAGCUGCCGUACCCCCUGCGAGCACCGACAAGUCUGCAUAUCUCUCUAACGUCCAGUUCUCUGAUUUCUUAAAACAAGGUCUUUUGACCAAGCCUGUCUUCGACCGCAUACCCUUCGAGUACUGCACGGAGGUGCAGGAGAAGACGCUCAAGCCUAUUUUGGAAGGGAAGGAUGUCUUUGGUCAAGCCAAAACCGGCACGGGAAAGACGAUUGCCUUCCUCGUCCCCUCCAUCGACCGCCUCGCGCGCAAACCGGUACCUCCUCCAGGGAUAAUAUCCAUUCUCGUGCUGGCGCCAACUCGCGAGCUAUGCCUACAAAUAGAAGCCGAAGCCAACAUGCUCCUGGAGGGCUCGCUGUAUCGUGCACAAUCUGCUAUUGGAGGUGUCAAUAUCAAAGUGCAAAGAAACAACCUCCUACUAAAAAGAAGUGAUAUCCUCAUUGCUACGCCCGGCCGGCUAGUGGAUCACAUUGAGAACUCUAAUCUGACACCUCGCUUGCGGACUGUGCAGACUUUCAUCCUGGACGAAGCCGACCGUCUGCUGGACCAAGGCUUCCAAAAGAGCAUAUUGCAAAUAGCGAGGGCCAUCACGCCCAAGGAUCAGCGUCAAACAUUACUUUUCUCCGCCACCGUGGAUAAACAAAUUCGGGAGAUCUCAAACGUUGUGCUCAAGCAGCAACACGAGUUCAUCAGCACCAUCGGCGAGGAGGAGGAAGCGACACACAAGCAUGUGGCGCAAGACUACAUCAUCGCCCCACUUGCAAAAAUCGAUGCCGUCUUGCUCACUCUUCUCCGCCAGGCUGUGGAAAGCCCCUUCACAAAAAUCAUCGUGUUCUUCUCUACUGCUCGCGGAGCCGCUAUCGCCUACGAUCUAUUCAGAGCUAUCCCCGACCUUGAACAGGCACCAAUGUUCGAGAUGCACAGUCGCAUGAGCCAGGGUGCGCGAGUCAAACAGGCGGACGGGUUUAGAGAGACGAUGAAAGGCAUCUUGUUCUCCUCGGACGUCACAGCACGAGGCAUGGACUUUCCUGGUAUUACCGCCGUGUAUCAAGUCGGGAUGCCCUCCUCUCCGGAGCAGUAUAUUCACAGACUUGGACGAACUGCUCGAGCUGGGGCCCAAGGCCAUGGCAUUCUCAUCCUCUCGGACUUCGAAGAGGAAGCGUUCCUGAGUAAGAAAGAGAUUCGCGAAUUACCACUCAAGCGUCACGCGGGAUCCGAUGAAUUGGUUGAUGAACAAAGCCCAGCAUUCAAGUCCGCGCAGGAAAUGGUCUCCCAGACAUAUCAAGCGAUGGAGUCUGUUAGCAAGGCGCAAGCUUACCAGGCAUGGAUGGGCUAUUACAACAGUUACCUGAAGGUACUCCGCUGGACGAAGCAGGACCUCGUCCAGCGAGCGAACGACUACGCGAUGAACGUCCUAAAAUACCAGUGUCCUGAUGGGAGCAACAACACGCCGCCGCUCCUCCCGAAGACUGUGGGAAUGAUGGGCCUCAAAGGCGUUCUAGGGUUGAAUAUCGUCAAGCCGCAGCGGGUCGACCGGGCUGGCGGGUCGGGAUCAAGUCAACCUCCACGGAAGCGACAAAAGGCCGAGCCGUAACAUUCGACUCGCUUGAAGAUUGAGCAAUACUUCUCAUGACUAGGAUACCGCGAUCACUAGACUUAGAUACAUGCAUUGUGUAGCACCUCGCAACUCAGUUUCCCG